UUGUGUUUGUCUGACGUGAUUAUUUGCAUUAUUCUUCAAUGGCAACCAUUUUUGGAAUUGAUCAUAAAUAUGUGGCUGCAAGCACGCUUGCAAUGUCAGUUGGAGUAGCAAUCUAUGCUACUUAUCGGCUCAGUGGAGGCAGACGCAAAGAAAGUAUAAAUGCUUAUUAUGAAACAAACAAGUCCGUGAACGAAUAUUUACUGUUUCAUUAUGGAAGGGCAGACGAAUUACUUGCUUACGAGGACUACGGGCCAAACGAUUCACUUGACUUUCCAAAGCGAUGCGCAGAAUUGUGUCUUAAAUAUUACAAACCAAACGAUGAUGUCCCAAAACGAGCCCUAGAUGUAGGAUGCGCUGUGGGACGAGCUACGUUUGAGCUGGCCAGUGCUGUUGAUGAGGCCAUUGGCAUUGAUUACAGUAGUGCCUUUAUAAAUGUCUGCAAUACCCUAAAAAACAAAGGUUCUGUUGAUUACUCCAUGAUAUCAGAAGGAGACCUUUGCACUGAGCAUAAAGCAGUGGUUCCAGCUGAUAUAAAUCGACAGAAAGCCAAGUUUCAGCAGGGCGAUGCUUGCAACUUGCCCCAGAAUUUAGGGCAGUUUGGAAUAGUGCUUGCUGCAAACCUGUUAUGUCGUCUGCACCAUCCUAGAAUGUUCAUUAACAGUCUGAAGACUUUGGUUGCUCGAGGUGGUAUUCUGGUCAUUACAGGGCCAUAUACAUGGAUGCCAGAAUAUACUGACAAGUCUGAAUGGUUGGGAGGAUAUAAAGACAAGGAAGGCACUCCGGUCACUACCUUUGAUACACUGAAGAAAGAACUAGCAACCUGUUUUGUGUUGCUUGAGGACUGCAAUUUGCCUUUCCUGAUCCGGGAGACAUCUCGUAAGCAUCAGUGGACAGUGGCCCAUGCCACAGUGUGGCAAAGGAUUUAGACAAGAAUGAAUGCUAUACAUGAUUGUUAUUUCAAAUUUAUGAUAAACACCUCUGCCUUGUAUCUGACAGCAGAAUGAAUGCUGAAAACCUAGGAGCCAAUCAUGUUGACUAUUGAUUGUGUACUAAAUAAGGAGGAUAGCUUUCCUCAGUUUGGUAAAGCAUUUUGAAGAGUCACUAAUCCAUUAGUUUGAUAGAUGGUUUAGGAAACUUUAAUUAUUUUUUUAAAAUUAACAGUGUAGGAGAAAUGUGGUGCUUGCAUUUUUGGUAUUCAUCUUGAUAGAUCAUAUAGACUUUUGGGGCAUAAAAUAAAUAGAAGACAUUCAAAACUUUUAAUAGUUGCUGAUAAAGAGUAACAAGUAACAAAUAAAAGCUAAAUAUUCAGAGGAAGCUGAAAGACUGGGUGUGAAAAAUUAUGCUGCACAAUCACUACUUUGCUACUAAACUAGAUCUUAAUGCUAAAUGUAUGCAGCCAUCAAAAUAAAGUUGUAGAGCAAUGACCCCAUUAUUGCUAUAUGUGUAAACCAGUUAGGAAUUUAAUCUUAACAUAAAAAUCUUUUUUUCAUUUUAUUCAUCAGUCUUAUUAUGAAUAGAGUAAUCACUAAAUAUGGGAGUGAAUUUCUGGAUUAUUAUGACCAACUAAAGAAUAUGGUAUCUUUUUAAUUUCUUCUUUGAAUAUGUACUUUUGUUCCUGGAAUGCAUAAUACAAGUAAUAUUUAGUUUUGAUACAUAUCAUUAUUAAAAGUGAUACUUGACACACUGAAAGUGACAUUGUCAGUACACUUUAUUUUCUGAUUUAAUUUAAGCUGUAUUUGUGCUAGCGAUUUUUUUAAACAUGCUUAUUUUCUUCUACAAUAAUGAAAUUUUGAUUGAUAUAUUUACUUUGAGAAAGCCUUUUUUUUUUAAAAUAGGAAACAGUGCAGCUUUGUAAAGCUCCUUGAUGGGUCAUGCACUGUGUAUAAAAUCUCUCAAGCCAUAGGAUAUAUUCUAGAGAAAUCAAUCCAGAUUAAGCUUGGUAGUUAGAUCGCCAGCAUUGGAUGUGUGCACACAAUCCCAUUUGAAAUCUUUGUGGCAUAGAGUACUUUCUCUAGUGGAUUCAGCUGCCAGAGGGUAUCAUCCCUUAGAGGGCUGGGGAAGGGAAAAAAGAGAUUGGUACCACCAAUCACAAAAAAAAAAAAAAAAAAAAAAAAUCGGGGCCCUUACUCCUGAAAAACUGAAAGUUUAUGGGACCAUAUUUUGCCCAUUUUUCAAAUUUAUAUGGUACAUUUUGAUUACUUUUAUUUGUACUCUUCAUUUGUUCUGCUGAUCAUGUCUGUGUCAUGAUCUAUACUCUAUAGUCAUAUUAGUCAUGAUUUUUAAACAAGCUUUAUUAUUAUAAUCUUAACCAAUUUUGGUGCUGGAAUAAUGCUUUUAUUGUUAACAAAAUUUAAUUUAAGUAUUCUUAUUAUAAACUUUUUCUAAAAUUAAAUCAAGGAAAUAUUUUAUUUUGUUUCACUUGUCUGAAAUGAUCUUUUUAUGUUCCAAUAGCAGUGUUGCUGAGCAGCCAUUAUUGUAUUAAAUUUUUGCAUAUUUUGUCAUAAAAAUUUUCUACUUGAAAAAGAGAAAAGAACGUAUGGUAAUGGUUUGAUGGUGGUACAUCUAUAAUGUAACUUCUUUCAUGACAAAAGCCUUGUAGCUACAAGAAACAUCAUACCCACCCAAAAGUUUAUGAAGGCAUUACCCUUUUUGUGUGACUGCUGGAUUUUGCAUAUUGUUAUUUCUGUAAAGAAAAUACAGUUACCAACACUUGCACACUCCUCAUUAUAUAGUCUAUCAGGAUUAAGGAAAAAUCAAUAAACAUUUUGAAACUGCA